CCCUCCUCUGUCUGUCUGUCUGUCUGUCUGUCUUCUCUGGUGCGAUCUGCGCUGGCGAUACUGCCACUUGGCAUGCACAGUCAUUCACGCAUCGUCCAAAUCCAUCCCAUUUUCCCCCUCAUCGUUGUCGCCCGCCUGCUCCCCGUCUCCCUCGCGGCUGCCAAAGAGUGCACAGCUCACAGUCGUCAGCACAUCAGGCGGCACUUGGCCGAGCUGCUGCAUGCGGCGGCACACCUCCAGCACCUCACUGUCACCCUUGAUAGACCCGUCAUCGUGGCUGCCGAGCAGAUAACCCACCAUCAGCUUGUCACGCUGCACACGAUAGAGACACAGAUAGAGAGAGACCUGUGUGUCUGUUGAGGCCCUGUCUUUCAUUGAGCAGUGCGUACCGCCUUGCGCAUGGCGGGGAGCGGGUCGGAGUCCAUCAUCCCCAGCGCGUGGGCAUACUCGCGGGCCACGGCCUGGUUGUUGCUCACCAGAUCACUCCUGCACAGGUGGAGAGACAAGAAGUGAUGGCUGCAUGUGUGCGCUGGUCUGUGUCACACACAUGGCUUUGGUGGAGGUGAGUUCGAGUGUGAGUAGCUUGGCCGCCUCCUUGCGCACGGAGCCGUCCUUAUCAUACAGACGAGAGAUGAUCAUUUGCAACACAGCAGCAGCACGGGCAGUGGAAUACUCCUGACACACAGAGAGCGACAGAUGGAGGCCCAUUUGCUAGUGUGUCCCCUCUCUAAUUGGUCUCUCCCUCUCACCUCUCGCGAGAGGAGCAUGAGGAUGGUAGUGAGUGCCUUGACUGCCGCCAGCCGGACGUGCUUGUGGGGGUCAAGCUCACACGACUUGCUGACACGGAUCGUCACUUGCUGACACACAUAGAAGGGACAGCGCACAUUGAUGAGGGGGACGGCAAGACGGGCGCUGCUUUCGACUGGUUUGUCACCCGCUGGUAUGCCUUGCUGUGCUCAUCGCUGGGCGGCUGCUCAGCCUGCAAUGACCAAAUGGACAACAUGGAUCGUCUCCCUCUGUAUCGGCCGACAAUUGCCCCGUUUCAUCUCACCGUGGCCUUGUAGUGGGAUUCGAGUGCACGUAUUACCUCCACACGAGUGUCGGCCACUGCCUCCACCGACAGCAGGUCGAACAGCAGCGGGAGGGCCACACGCACCGCCUCGUCCCGCUGACCGGCGUCAGUCACCGACACAACCGUCUCGUUGGUCAGAUUCCACAGCAACCUGACGGAGAGAACAGGAUACAGACUGGCCUGAUGGAUGGUCAGCGUGUUGUGUGCCUGCCCGACCUACCUGGUGAGUAUUUUGGCUGCAGAGGCCCUCACGUCAUCUGCCGGCACGAGCUUGAGAACAUUCGUCAAAGUGCGAAACAGCCUGAGAGAGGACACAAACGAAUCGCACAUCCGCCUGCCCAUGUCGUCACCAUCCCACCUGUCCAUGAUGGCCUUGUGUUUGAGUGAGCACAGCACCAGCGCAUCCACAACCAAAUCGCGAGAUGACAUCCCCUCGCCCCCCUCACCGCCCCCGUCGGCCUGGUGGCAGAGGGCCAUGGUGGCCUUCUCGACCACAGGCACGAACAGGGUCUGUGCGUCGGCCUCGAUGAGUGCGUUGGCGAACGAGUUGACGAACGUGAUGGCCUCAGAGGAUGAACACGAAUCGGUGAAGGCCACCUGACUGUGCAAAAGAAGAUGACCCAU